AUGAUGCAGGAGACAGAGUUACUCCAGCUGUGGUUGCUUACUCAGAAAAUGAAGAGGUUGUUGGAUUGGCAGCAAAACAAAGUAGAAUAAGAAAUAUUUCAAAUACAGUAAUGAAAGUAAAGCAGAUCCUUGGCAGAAGCCGGAAAUGCGGUCCUUGGACCUGGCUUCUCAGCAAUUAGCCCUGAGAGGGAAGAAUCGGCUGGCUCCUGGAGAUAGACCGGAGCACACAGAGUUCCCCCACCUUCAGAUCGGCACCUUGCUGCCCAGGAGCCUCCUCCAGCUAGCCUUCUCCCAGUCCGCUAUGGCCACUUCCGGAAGCAGUGCGGGCAUCCGGUGGUCCAGACAGGAGACCCGAACGCUUCUCUCCAUACUAGGCGAGGCUGAGUACAUUCAGCGCCUCCAGACUGUGCAUCACAAUGCAGACGUCUAUCAGGCUGUGUCUAAGCGGAUGCAGCAGGAAGGCUUCCGUCGCACCGAGCGUCAGUGCCGCUCCAAGUUUAAAGUCCUGAAGGCAUUAUAUUUAAAGGCCUAUGUGGCCCAUGCCACAAGUCUGGGUGAUCCACCACACUGUCCGUUUUAUGAUACGUUGGAUCAGCUUCUCCGAAAUCAGAUAGUGACUGACCCAGACCCAGACAACUUAAUGGAGGAGGCUGCUUGGCCCAAACACUGUGAUCAGAACUUAACAGCCUCUGACACCCCAGGACAAGAGGGAACCAGCAUUCUGGGAGCAAAACGGACUCAGGCAGCAGAUCGUUCACCUGCCUUGCAAACAGUUAAGGAAUCAGAUGAGGAUUGUCAGCUGAGAAACAGUGACCAGAUGCAAGAAACCAGUGACCUUGAGGACUCCUGGGAUGAAUCCUCGGGUGCAGGGUGCUCUCAAGGGACCCCCAGCUACAGCAGCUCCCACCACCUUUUCAGAGGUGCAGUUGCUCCCUGUCAGAGCAGCCCCAUGACCAGACUGGGUGUGUCCGGUGAGCCCAGUCCCUGCACCAGCACCGGCCGAAACACUCCUGGGGUGGCCUCUGCACCGCAACCUCCAGUCUCCUCCAGAGUUCCUUUUGUUUCUGGAGGGAACAGGCCCUUGAACAGUGAGCCCCCUCCCAGGUGGGCAAGGCGCAGAAGGCGGUCAGUGGCCAGGACUAUCGCAGCCGAAUUGGCAGAAAACAGGAGGUUGGCACGCGAACUCUCAAAGCGGGAGGAAGAGAAAUUGGACAGGCUGAUUGCCAUUGGCGAGGUGGCCAGUGCUCAGCAGGACAUUGCCAACGAGCUCCGCAGGGAUGCCGUGGUCGCGGUCAGACGCUUGGCCACAGCAGUGGAAGAGGCAACUGGUGCUUUUCAGCUCGGGCUUGAAAAGUUGCUUCAGAGGUUAAUUUCAAAUACCAAAAGUUAGGAACUGAUCCCACAAGGGUGUGUUGCCUGCACUGGCAGAGGCCCGGGCCUCCUGGUGCCCUGGCUCCUUGUUUGUGUCCCCAGAAAAAGAAGUGGAUGGGCCAUUCAUAUGCAGAGUGAUAGGAAUUUACGUGCUAGCUGCUUCUCCCAAGCAUCUCCACUAGUUGAAAGACCUUUCAGAAAUGGGAGUGUUGGCCUGGUGGAAAAUGGAGCCGAGUCCAGAGAGCUAGUUCGCCCUCGCUUUGUCACUGAUGUAAGACAAUCCAGUUCACCUCUACACCAGUUUCCUCAGCUGAAUGGGGACAACCUGCCUACCUCACAGGGUUGUUGUGAGGACCACAUGGUUAACAGAUGUGAAAAGGUUUACGAGUUUAAAAGCACUAUACUCAUGUAAGUUAUUAGCGCAUCUGACCUUGGCCAAGGAAAGGCCAGGGUGAGGCACAGUAGUUGACGAAGUAUAGGAUUAGGGUUGUGUAUCAUGACCUCAUUGCUUGAAUCUUGACUAGUUUAACUUGACUGCUUCCUGGAGUUUACAGUCUUCAUUUGUUUAAGUCCCUCUAUAGCUUAUUAGGUAUAGACACAACACGUAUUGGUACCUCUGUCUCUUAGUUUACAGUGCUGUGUCUGUGACAUACACACUCAAUAGUCAGUCCAUCUUUCCCUCUGUUUUACUAGCUCUUAGUCUCUUAUCACUGUAAGGAUAUAAGUCAGUAACUGGCAGGGAUCCACACGUGUGCGUUACGGUUCACAUUGAUAAUCUUUGAUGUAAUGAGAAACUGGCUGUCUUAUAAAACAUUCCAUGUAAGUAAAUUCUCUGCAUUCCAUAUUAUUUGUGUUCCUUUAUAUGCAUAAUUGCAUAACUACAGUUUGGUUUGCCAUUUGGACAUUGUGGAAACAAUUCGGAUUAUAUCAGUUUCCCAAAUGCUUUUAGCUAAUGUUGUUCUUUUCUGUUUGCCUUUUUUCCUGUCUAGUAUGUCACAGAAGGCAGGCCCUAGGAAACUUUCCAAAGUCACUUUUUCUCACAAGAUGUAGGUAAAAAUUCUCAUUAAUGGCAUAUGGUGGACGAGAACACUUUGGAACUAUUGAGGGUGGUGUAGGGAAAGAUGGCCUGCAGUAGGUAACUCUUUAAGCACAAACCCUCAGCAAAGAAUCCCCCUUUCCCUCCAAAGCACACUUCCUUGAGGAGUUAUGAUGGCGUUGAGCCCUGGUUCCAACUUACUUUAGAAGAGAAGCCACUACUGGUCAUUAUGAACCUAACUCAGAGCUCUUAGGGGUUUAGUACUUUGAGGAAAUACCAAAAGGAGACUUGGACUUUUAAAAAACCUUCCUCUAAUCUAGAUGCUGGAAAAAUACACAGGCAUGUUGGGAGAGGUUUUGUUUUACUACUUUGCAGGCUUGGUUGCUUACCUAAAUGCUGGGAAUACAGACAGGUAGAGAAAUGGUCAAAGCCUCAGGGGGGACAUCCCUGGAAACAUGAGUAGAUGACGGGCCACCAAGCUCCUCUGGUGAACGGGCAAUGGAUGUAGGCUGUAGCUGGUGAGGUGGAAUACGCUGGAAUCGAGUUAGAACUCCUGGGUUCUAAUGCUGGCACGGUCUGUUACACUGAGCAAAUCACUGGCCCUUUUUGUGCCUCAGUUGCUUUAUCUCUAGAAUGAGAAGUUUGUACUAGAUGACUUUUCUCAUACCUUCCAGUUCGAAAAACUUAAAUCAUAAAAAAACAAUUUCAACUGCAGUAUUUUCCAUCACAGCAGCAUAGUAAUGUAUGUUUGAAAUACUGGUAGUAGUUGUAUUUUGAGGAAGCAUUCUACGGUGUUAACAUUUAUAAAUAUAUUUCCUGAAUUUCUGUAAGCACCACACCAGACAGAUAGAUUCCUUGAUUUGAAGGAGCAUAUGUUAAGGUAUUGAGAUGGAAAUACAUACAUACAUUUUCUCAGUUGCUGUAGGCCAUGCUAUGGAGGGAUGCAUGUCAGUUCUAACCAGGUAACACUACUGUAGAGGGUCAGACUUAAUGGAAAAACAGGGAAGCACUUGAAAGAGUUAGGUGUGUACUGUAUUAAUCUAUUAAUGAUAGCAAAGUACAUAGGUGGGGACUUAAUUGAGAUAAGAGAAGUGCUAAAGACAAGCAGAGUUGGACUUGGGAGGUAGUAGUGUGCAAAUCUAAUGGGUGCAGUAACUAAUGGGGGAGUAAAACUAAAGGGAAAGAUCUUAGAGAAGUAAACAAAAACAGGCCAAAUUUUAAAAGGAGGGAAGUUGUGAUAAGGGGAGGCCGUAGGGAAACAAGGCCCAAAGUUCCGCCUGAGCUCCAGGCCCAGCCAUUCCUGCCUGUCUGUCUUUCCGCUUAGUAGACCAGUUCACCACUCCGUACCUCAGGUCCCUCACCUGGGAAGUGGGAGACUACCCACCUCACAGGAGUGGCGUGAGGGGCCAGCCAACAGAGGGGUGUAAAGAUGCUCUCAGACGUGGCAGGCACUGCUGUGACCUGCUGGGGAAGGAGACCCGUAGCUCUGCGUGUGGGGGUGCAGGCCCGAGGGCCUGCUGACUACAAGGGGCAUGCAGGAAAGAGGAGGAGGGGAGGUGGCACUGCUGGUGACGGUUGUGCCACGAUGGUGGGACUGACACUGCCUCCUGCAGCCGCGAUGUUGCUGGUGCUCUGUAUGCUCCCCCCGUCUCUCUGUUAAGUGACUUCAUUCUGGUGUGGACAAAUAAAGUUGUGAUCUGUACGUCGUUGUGGGUCAGUCCACUACUUUCCGGGCAUAUCAUCGUUUGUCACCGUCCCCAUUCUCUGUGUCCUGCUUUUCUCCAGGGCCUGGCCCUUCUGUGGCCCUCAGAGCUGCAUGUGCUUUCUGUCUUCAUGAGAGAGAAGCCCUCUUUGCAUGGCAGUUGAGAAAGAAUUUUCCAUUUCUGAGAGUUCUGUAAAUUCCAUAAAAUACC